ACGCAUUCAGCCGCAGCUUCGCGCUUACCGCGCAGCCAGGCUUUUCCAACGUGGCGGUGCUGCUGGCGCGCGAGCCCACCCCGGUGCUCCUUGAUCAGCAGCCUCUGCCCAACCUGCACUGGCGCCUAAUCCCCGGCGGCCCAGAGCAGCACUCUGGUGAAAGCCAAGCGCCCGCUCCGGGUUUCGUCUGGACCGAGGUGGCAUUUGGGCCUGAGCCCGGAGUGGUGCACUUCCUGGAAACUCCCGGGCCGCCGGUGGGUGUGCUUAGCUUCGGCACCGCUCCUGGCGCGGGCUUCGGGACCCAGGCCAUGGGGCAGCCAAGCGUGGAUAUUCUGACUGCGGAAGAUCCGAACCCUCCCGCAGAAUUCUAUCCCCUUCUAGAAUCUUCCCUGAUGAUGCCACUCCAGUUCCCAGGAUCCUGUAAGGACCAUGUAUGCUCCAGUGGAACCACAUGUUACCUCGUGAGGCACAAACCUGAGUGUGUGCCCGGCUCCCUGGCCACCGAGAUCAUGUUCAGUCCCAAGCCAGUAUCUCUGAAGGACUCCAAAAUGGUGUCCAUCUCCAGGUCUAAAACCACAGCAGUGCCCAAACCAGGAUCAGAGAGCACACCUGAAGCAGAGCCAGGGCUUGUCUCCAUGGCCAUGAAUGAACUUCAGCCUCAAUCUUUGGCUUUGGUAAAACCAGAACUUGAACCUCUGGGUCUAAAAGAACCAUUUCCUGAAGCCCUGGUUGUGGCUGAACUAGCACCCGCACCUUUCCCCCUGCCCGUGCCCACAGCUGAACCAGAGUCCAAACCCAAGACAGAAACCAUCCCAGCAGCCAAACUGGGGCUCAAGGUGGUGGCAGUGACUAAACCAGGCUCAGAGGCUUUCUGGCAAGAACUUGAAACUGUGUCUGAGUCCAAAAUGCCAUCGGAGGCCAAGUUGGAGACAGUGGACAUCUCCAGUAAGGGGCCGGGGGACAUCACAGGGGGUACCUGCUGGGUUUCUGGACUGCCAUACAUCUACACUUUUGACGGCUACUCUUUUCCUGUGCCUGGGGGCUGUACCUACAUGCUGAGCCAUUGUCCUCAGGCCCUACCCAGUGGCCUCCCUGCCUUCCAGCUGUGGAUCGCCACCUCUGGAGAGAGGCAGCCCAUGCACUUUGUCACAAUGCGAAUCUUUGGUGUCACCAUCACUGCUGUCAAGCAUGAGUUCGGCUUUGUGCAGGUGGACCACCAGCGGCUCCGGCUGCCUGCGACGCUGCACGGAGGAAGGCUGCGGUUGCAUUUCCGCAGCUCAGAACUAUGGGCAGAGGCAGGUCUGAAGCAAGAGCCACCAGCGCUGCGCCUGGUGUACGACUGGCAGCACGCGCUCUCUCUGCAAGUGGCCAAGGGCUACCGGGCGCACGUGGUGGGCCUGUGCGGCAACUUCAACCAGGACCCGGUAGACGAUGUGGGCGGUCCCGACCUGCGUGCUUUCUUGCGAACUUGGGCCUUGCAGCCACCGGACGCCCCAUGCCACGCCCUCUGGGCUGCUCCCUGCGCCAAGCCAGCGUCCCCAGCCGAGACCCGAGGGCCCUGCGCCAUUCUGGCCGAUCUGAACGGGCCCUUUAGCCCCUGCCACGACGUGCUGCUGCCUGCGCCCUUCGAGAUCAGCUGCAGGGCUUGGAUCUGCCCCUUUCCCAACUACCGACCUGCGCUUUGCUUAACUCUCCAGGUCUACGCGCACGCGUGUCAGCGCCUGGGUGUCAGCAUCGACUCCUGGAGAUUCCAGACUGGCUGCCCCAUUGAGUGCCCCCAAAACAGCCACUAUGAGCCGUGUGGCUCCUCCUGCCCCAAGACGUGCAUGGGUCCAUUGGGAGCGUCGUGCCCACUGCCCUGCGGGGAAACGUGCGCCUGUGACGCCGGCUAUGUUCACAGCGGUCCUGCCUGCGUCCUGCGGCGCCGGGGACCUGGUGGCUGUGGCUGCACACACCAGGGACGUCUGCUGGGACCAGGCGAGACUUUAUGGGAGGGUGUGGGCUGCAUGCGCCGCUGUGUCUGCCCAGCUUCAGGAGGGAGCGUGAUCUGCAGCCAGGGUGGUUGCAGGCCAGGUGAGCGCUGCAUUCUGUCCCACGGCCUGCGCACCUGUGUGCCCUGGAGCAUGGCCACAUGCGUGGCAGCCGGCGGAGGUCACUACAUCACCUUCGAUGGGCGCCAUUUUCGCUUCCCUGGCUCUUGUGUGUACCUGCUGAGUGGCCUUAGUUCUCCCGCACCCCAGGAGCUGGCAGACUUCCGUGUGCUCCUGGGCACCGGUCCUGAUGGAGUCCCAAGUAGCCUUGAAGUGCUUCUGUCUGGUUACCACCUGAAGCUGGACCCCAAGGAACCCGGUCAUGUCCUGGUGAAUGGAGACUGGCAGAAUCUACCAUUCCAGGCUCUGAGCAACAGUACCCUCAUCUUUCGCCAUGGCUGGGACACUGUGAUCAGCUGCCCCUUUGGCCUGCGCGUGACCUAUGCCCCUGGGAUCCGCGUGGUAGUGGAUCUUCCAGCAGCAUAUAUGGGCCAUGUGGCGGGGCUGUGUGCUGACUACAAUGGGGAUCCCACGGAUGACCUCCAGGUGCCUGGAAUUGUGCUGGGCACCAACAUGCCUGAGGAUGCACUGGCUUGGGCCUUUGGCCAUAGCUACUUGGUGGGUUCCCCGACUGAGUGCCUGAAUGCUGCUGACAAGAGGCCACUGCCGCCACCAUCCUGUGUCACCCUGCCAACCACCAGCACCCCAGCCCACUUUGCCCACAUCUGUGACAUCCUUUUGGACCCCCUGGGGCCCUUCCAGCUGUGCCAUGAGAUGCUGGCACCAGGCCCCUAUGUCCAAGAUUGCAUGGUGGAUGUAUGCCUGGGUAUUGGACCCUGCCCCAUGCUCAGCCUCUACUGUGAAACUUGCCAGCUGCUGGGCGGCCAAGUCUUCCCCUGGCGGAAUUCAAGUCUGUGCAGCCCGCUGUGCCCCGCACACUCGCACUACACGCUGUGCGCUCCGGAUUGCUCAGCCACUUGCGCGGGGCUGAAGACACCGCCUGGCUGCCACGGCCCUGGGUUCUGCCGCGAGGGCUGCCUGUGCGACGCGGGCUUUCUGCUGAGUGGCGCCGUCUGCGUGCCCCAGGCUCAGUGUGGCUGCCUGAGCGCCGGCCGCUACUUGGAACCCGGCGCGCCGCUGCCUCCCCCUCACCCCGCGACCAACCGCUGCUGCCGUUGCCACGCCGGCGGCCAGGUGGUCUGCAAACCUUGCCGCGCAGCCCGGGGCCGCCCAGGCGUCUGCCUCGCCUCAGACGGACUCCGCUUCCGCACCUUCGAUGGCACCACCUUCCACCUUCCAGACGCCUGCACCUAUUCCAUGGUGGGCACGGGCAUGGGCCGCCUUCGCGGUGUGUGGCCCUUCGAAGUGGUGCUGGAGAAAGACCCACGGAUGCCCGAGCUCCGCCGCGUGCUGCUCCGCGUGCAUGGUCACCGCUUCGACCUAGACUGGGAGGACUGGGGAAAUAUCACGGUGGACGGCGUGCGGCGCUGCCUGCCCUUCGCGCUGACCAACGGCAGGGUGCGCGCCUUCGCGCGGGGCGCCUCCGUGGUGCUCGCGGUGCGUGGGGGCCCGCGCCUGCUUUUCGGGCUCGGUGGCCACCUGAGCGUGGAGCUGCCUGCGGCCUACCGCGGCCUCACGCGCGGCCUCUGCGGCAACUUCAACGGCAAUGCGUCUGAUGACCUACAGCUGCGGCCCGGACCCUGCGGCGCGCCACAUCCCUGCCCGGGUUCGGGCUGUCCACCGGCCGCCGGAAACGCGGGCCCAGACCCAGCGUGGCGUGGCGCUUGCGGCCUCCUGCGCGAGCCCAGCGGCCCCCUGGCACCCUGCCACGCACUCCUGCCGCCGGAGCCCUUCUUCCAGGCCUGCGUGGCCGACAUGGGCCGCGCCCGCGGGAACCGCAAUGUGCUCUGUGCCUUCCUGCAAGCCUACGUGGCUGCCUGCCAGACGGCUGGUGCGGAUAUGAAGCCCUGGAGGGCUCCCAGCUUCUGCCCCAUGCAGUGCCCCCGCCACAGCCACUACAGUCUGUGUGUGAACCCCUGCCCUGCGGCCUGUCCAGGUGUUCAGGAAGUGGUGCGGCUCCCCACUCCCUGUGCUGAGGGCUGCGAGUGUGAAAAUGGAUUCUUCCCGGCCGGGCGUGACUGCGUCCCUGUGGACCACUGUCCUUGCUUCCACAAUGGCCAGUACUUCCCUCCCGACCAGAUUGUCCUCAUCAAGAACUGCUCCUCCUCCUGUACCUGCCAGCUAGGGGAGGGUGUGGCCUGUGUCAGCUUCAGCUGCCCUAUGCAGGAGGUCUGUGGCAUCACAGAUGGAGUCCUAAGUUGCCGUUUGCAAGACACCUUGGGCCCUGCCCCGAGCUCUGUGGCCCCACCACUGGUUCCCCCACCUUCCCCAUCCCAGCUCCCGAGCCCCAGUCCCCAGUGCCCAGAAAGCUCCCACUUUGUUCCAUGUGGCUCUGCAUGCCCAGCCACAUGUGCCAACCCUGUAGCCCCAGAGCACUGCCAAUACCCCUGUGCUCCAACCUGCCAGUGCCUCCCUGGCUACUUGCUGCUAGGGGACCGAUGCGUGCCCCGUGCCCACUGCCCCUGCUUCCUGCACCAAGGCCAGACUUUCUGGACAGAAAACUGUACUCAGCAAUGUCACUGCCCGACCACUGGGACCCUGGUGAGCAAGCUUCCCCAGUGUUGGCCUGACAAGUGCAAUGGUCACUGUAAGGCCUCCAUAGGUGGCUGGUACCACUGCCUGUUAGUGCCGUCCCCACCCAGUCCCACUGUCAUGGAGAAGUCACUGGUCUGUGCUGCCACUGGAGACUUCCACUUCCACACAUUUGGAGGAACCCACUAUGAAUUCCCUGGCUCUUGUGUCUACCGCCUGGCGGGUAUCUGUGGCACAGCCCAUGCCAACCUUGAGCCCUUCAGUCUGGAUUUGACCCCAUUGCUGCGGCCACGUGGCUGGACCAAGGCCCUGACCCUCUCAGCCUGUGGCCUGAGGCUGGACAUGAGUCCAAAAGAUCUCAACCACAUCCGGGUGGAUGGAAUUCUGGAAUCACUGCCCUUCUUUCACGGCCACUGCCUCCGUGCCUACUACCAAGGCCACCAGCUCUGCGUAGACACGGACUUCGGCCUCUCCCUGACUUACGAUUGGGACAGCCUGGCACGUGUAAUGCUGCCGAGGCGCUAUGGACCCUACCUGUGUGGGCUGUGUGGCCAACACAGUCCGAGCAGCCCCACCAUGGAGGUGCCUGACACCUGGAAGGUGGCAGAAGUGUCUGGUUGUGGCCCAUUCUGCGGGCCCCUCUGUCCCGGCCCCUGCCCAGAAGCCAAGCGCACUGGAUUCGCUGGAGACGCCUACUGUGGGCUGCUGACGGCAGCCGAGGGUCCCUUCAGGUCAUGCUACGCCGUGCUGGACCCGCUCCCGUUCAUGGACAACUGCCUGGACGACGUGUGUCGCCACUACGGCGCUCAUCACAUCGUCUGCCGAGCCCUGACGGCCUACACUGUCGCCUGUCAGGCUCUGGGCGUGCGCCUGCGGCCCUGGAGGACGCCUGACUUCUGUCCCUUGCGCUGUCCGCCGCACUCGCACUACGAGCUGUGCGGCCCGUGCUGCCCCGCCACGUGCGCUGGCCCAGAGAGCUGCUCCGGUCGCGGCGCCAGCUGCUGUGAGGGCUGCGUGUGCGACGCGGGCUUCGUGCUGAGCGGCGCCGCCUGCGUGCCUGCGGCCAAGUGCGGCUGCCUCCGCGCUGGCCGCUACCGAGCUCUGGGCGCCGCGUGGUACCCCGGGCCCAGCUGCGCACGUCGCUGCCAUUGCGGCCCGGGCGGCGCGGUGACGUGCGGGCCGCGGCCGUGCCGGCGCGGGCGAGUGUGCGGCCUGCGCGGAGGCGAGCGCCAGUGCUUGCCGGAAGGACGAGGCAGCUGCGCCCUCGCCGGGCCCGCGCACGUGCUCGCCUUCGAUGGCCACGUGCUCACGCUGCCCCCGCCCGCGCCCUUCCCUUCUGGGCCCUGCCGCCACCUGCUGGCCCGCAGCGGAAGCCAGGGGCCCUGUCGCUUCAGCCUGGACGCGGCCCGCGAUGGGGCCGGGCUGCUCAGCCUGCACCUCAACAUCUCCGGGCACCACCUGCAGCUACACCGCUCCCUUGUCGGCGUCAUCACGGUUGGGGAAGCUCUGGUCCUACCUGGCUGCCAGGAACGCUGUAUGUGCUUGCGUGGUCAACGCCUCCAGUGCCAGCCCUUUUCCUGCCCACAGGGCACAGGCUGCAUCCUGGAUAGGGGUGUGCGGUCCUGUGAAACUGGGGAGGGUGCUACAUGCCACCUCGAGCCAGGGGGCCACUUCACCACCUUUGAUGGCUUUAGUGGGCUCACACCCAUGCCUGUUACAUCCUGCGCCUAUGAGCUAGCCACAGUGGUGGGUUCCAGAACUGAGGAUCCUGACUGGUUCCAUGUCAUUGCUGACUUCCUGCCCUGUCCUGGCUGCACUACUCGAAAACCACGAGUGAUCAUCGGCUUCAGGGAUGGCUGUGCAGCUGUGGGAACCAAUCAAGAAAUAUGGGUGAACGGACAACCUGCGCGGCUCCCAGCCCAGGUGUGCAGGGGCGUGGUCGCACGCUGGGCGGAGGGCUCCCAGGUUGUCAUCGAGAGGUCCCCCACGCUGCGGGUGCUGGUGGGGCCGGAAGGGGCCGUGGCCCUACGGGCCUCCCCCGCGCUCCAAGGACGCCUCCGAGCAGCCUGCGGGGACUACAACGGAAUUGCAGCCGACGACCUGAUACUCCCCGGAGGACUCCGGGGUGCCAGCCUAACCGACGUGUUCCAGGCGUGCCGGGCUCGGGGCUUCAACAACUGCACGGAGAAGCUUGUUACUCCAGCCGUGACACAACACUUCGCCUGACGCCGUCCCUCUGUGUGUCCCCGUGGCUGGGACCUCCUGACACACACCUGCCCUUGGGAUGGGAACCCACGGACCUCCCCGAGAUUGUUUUAAUAAAUAACAUGACCAAA